UAUGAGUGUUCUCAUCUUCAGUAAAAUUAAAGGAAAAUGGUGAUCAAAGCAAAGCUGUCAUUACUUCUCUUUUUGGUCUCUUUCCACCUUCUGCUUUCAGCCUUAUCUCUCGCGGGCGAGGUAGAGGACCCAGAACUCCAACAAUGUCAGCACCAGUGCCAACAUCAAGAGCACUUCGACGAGGAAAAGAAGCAAUAUUGUAAGGAAAAGUGUGAAAAGUAUAUCAUUGAGAAACAUUACCAGCAAUGCCAGCAGUUGUGCGAUCAAGGGAGAGGUGAACAAGAGAAACAACUAUGCCGGCAAGGGUGUGAACAACGACACAGACAACAACAAAAAGAGCAAGAUGAAAGACAGCGCGAACAUUGUGCAGGUGGAAGCAAAAUUGACAAGUCAAAAAGUAAAGGCAGCCAAGAGGAACAAGAAGGGAACAACCCUUACUUAUUCGACGAAAAGAGCUUUAAGACUCGCUUCCAAACUGAAGAAGGCAACAUUAAGGUUCUGGAGAGGUUCUCCGAGAGGUUGGAGUUUCUGCGCGGUAUCGAGAGUUACCGAUUGGCCAUCAUCAAGGCUAGCCCUAACACCUUUGUAACACCUUGCCAUGAGGACGCCGAUGUCGUCUUCUUCGUUACCUGGGGACGAGGUGUCAUCACCCUCGUGCGGAAUGACAACAGAGAGUCCUUCAAGAUUCAAAAGGGUGAUGUGAUGAUGAUUCCGGCAGGAACCGUAGUCUACUUCAUCAACAACGACAACCAUGAGAAGCUCUUUAUCGCAAAGCUUCUUCUACCCAUCUCCACUCCCGGCCAUUUCGAGGCAUUCUUCGGCCCAGGAGGCGAAAAUCCUGAAUCGUUUUACAGGGCCUUCAGCACUGAGGUCCUCGAAGCCGCUCUCAAUGUUCGGAAGGAUAAAUUGAAGAGGCUGCUCGGGCGGCAAGACAAGGGUGUCAUCAUCAAAGCCUCCGACGAACAGAUCAAAUCCCUGAGCCAACACGCUUCGUCCAGAGGUGGACAGUUCUGGCCAUUCGACAAACGCGAGACAAAGGGUCCCUUCAACCUCUUUAACAAACGUCCCUCCCAAUCUAACAACUACGGACAAUUCUACGAAGUUAAGCCCGGUGAGUUCAAACAGCUCCAAGGUCUCGACAUUGCUGUCUCCUUCCUAAACAUCUCUAGUGGUGCGAUGAGUGGUCCGUACUACAAUUCCAGAGCAACCAAGGUGGCUGUGGUAAUUGAAGGCAAUGGGUACUACGAAAUGGCGUGUCCUCACUCAUCGUCUUCUUCGGGCGGGCGACACGGCGGAUCAGAGGGUGGUAGCAGCUCAAGGUUUCAUCACCACCAAGAUCAAGGUGGCGUCCGUUAUCGGAAAAUGAGCGGAUUUCUAGCCCCUGAAUCGGUGUUCCUAGUCCCGGCAGGCCACCCUGUUGUGACCGUUGCUUCCAGUGGUCAGAAUCUGCAAAUUGUUUGUUUUGAGAUAAAGGGCGAGAAAAACGAGAAGUACAUGGUUGCAGGGGAAAAUAACAUAAUCAAGUAUUUGGAAAAAGAAGCUAAGGAGUUAUCCUAUAAUAUACCAGCAAAGGAGGUGGAUGAAAUCUUAAGCAAACAGAGCGAGUCUUUGUUCUUUCCAGGGCCUGAACGACGCCAGGAAUGGGGUGGUCGUGCAGAUGAAUGAGAAGCCAAGCUAUCGGCACUCGAGGAGAGAAGGCACCCAAAGACGAGGAGAGAAACAAAUUUUGGUGUACGUCUUCAAUGGGAUAAUGUAGUUCAAUAAUCUUUUUGUUUAAACAAAGACCAAAAUGUAAAGGAUGUAGAAAAGGCAUGUAGUAAUCUACUAGCUAGGUAGCACUGUGAAGCGAAAAAAGAACUAUCUACUACAUGUAUAUGAUGAGUAUAUCUCUCCUGCUUCUAAAUAAACACUUGUUUGAUCAAGACAGCAACAGAA